GGCUCGGUGGGGACGAGCGCUGCUGCAGGGAGAGACUUGCGAGUACUCGGUGGCUGGGCUAGCGCUGGACUCCCACAGCUAGCAGAAUGUGACCGGAGGAGCGCUGCGAGCGGGCACGCGUCGUUACAGCCGGAGCCGGGGAGGGACAUAGGCGACACCUCAUGGACACCGGACGCCUGGUGUGAGAAACUUCGCUAUGGCUGCCCAGUCCAGCAGCUUAUACAAUGAAGAGAGAAAUUUACUCCGCAUCAGAGAACGGGAGAGACGAAAUCAAGAAAUUCUUCAAGAAAGAGACCCUUAUGUUGACAAUGCUCCACUUUUUCCAGAACCUUACAAGACAAGCAAAGGAGACGAACUAUCUAGUCGUAUACAGAGUAUGCUUGGUAAUUACGAAGAAGUAAAGGAGCUCAUUAGUGCAAAAUCGCAUCAAGACCUUAUUGGCAUCCCAGUUAAAUCUCAGGGACGAUCUGUUAAGCAGCCUCCAACUAACAGUUCUAUGGGCCCUCCGAAAUCAAGUAUGCCUUUGGGGCAUAGGAAUAGACCUCAUACUGCUCCGGAGCUGUCCUCUGGUGCUAAUGUAAAAAAUCACAUCCAAAAUCAUAGUCUUCAGAAUACCCGAACACAGGAGCAACAAUCUGGAACCGUGUCUGUGGAAAGAAGCGGGAAACAAGGUCAAGAUCAACGCUCUGCAGAACAGCCCUCCUCACCAGCAUCAGUCUUGGCCCUUUCCCCUCUGCUGUCACCCUUGUCCCCCCCGAUUGAGCCCUUGUCCCCUUUACAUUCCAGCCAGCAAACUGAUUCCAAGUCGCGCAGCAAUCAAAGCCAUGCCUCCAAAUCCCCAAUUGUAACAGACCUAGCUAACAGGGACGGCGCUACCACUGUUGCCAACCUAGUACCUUCAUCACAAACCUUCCCAACCUAUUUGACUUCAAAAACGCAUACGUUGCCUCCAAAGCCCACGGCUUACGUGCGUCCUAUGGAUGGUCAAGAUCAGGCUCCUACUCUUUCUCCAGAUCUGAAGCCUCUACAAGAGGACGAUCAUGAGGAGUCUUACGAAAGUCAUGUAGAUCUAAAACCCAAUGCCAAGGACAAGCUUUCCAGAAUGGAAAUUACUUCUGACCAUUUUGAGACCUUCACUAAUGAAGCCCAUUGUGUUGAAGACAUUUUGAAGGAAAUGACACAUUCAUGGCCUCCACCAUUAACAGGUAUCCAUACGCCAAGCACCGCUGAGCCCUCAAAAUAUGCAUUUCCAAAUAAGGAAAAUCAGCACGUUCCACCGGUCAAAGUAAAUCAAAGACACCAUGACAAUGUUUCAAAAGUUUUUCCAAGCCCGCACAAAGGAUCAUCCAUGUUGGAAGAUGACCUUCAGAUCAGCGACAGUGAGGACAGUGAUGAUAAUGAAGAGGAGGAGGAGAUCACUGAAAAACCACUUUCUUCUGCACCAUCAAGUGUUGUGCAGUCUCAUGUGGACAGCGUGGCCUCAGCACAUUCCAGCGGCAUGGAGAUGGAAGGAAGCGAGAGCGACAGCUCUUCAGACUCAGAAAGUGACAGCGGUUCAAGUGACAGUGAGGUGCCACCACCACCACGGAGAUCUCCUAGUCCAGUGCAUGACACUUCAUCUACUGGCAUUUGGCAGUUGGGGAACUUUUUGGUCAAACCUGCACCUCUAGCUGAGAACCAUAGUACUACAGAUAAUGAACAAGAAAGCCAUUGGGAGAGUAAAGAACAUGACUGUCUUUCACCUCCGCCCCAUGAAUCUCCAAAGACUGAGCCUCAACACAAUGUGGAUCUAUGGACUUCUCAGGAAGACAUUGAGAACAAACCCACCUUUCCAGAUUCCCCAAUAUCCAGUGAAACUGUUACUCCUAGGCAGACUGUUGGUAUAAAACAUCCCAGAAGGCCUGUGAAGGCCUCUUUUCAAGAGGAGCCAAAGGGUGGUCUUACUGUGGAAAGUGAACCUGCUCCAUACAGAUCGCGAGACCAGCCCUCCAAAGAAAAGCCAACUGUGAAAACGAAAAUCAAAACCAAAUCAAAUGAAUACAAGGAACCAAAUGCAAGCAGUGCACAUCCAAAUGAAAAAAAGAAGCACAAGAGCUCUCACCACAGUAGUAGCACCAAAAAGUGUCCAAGUACUCAAACAGACAAACCGCAAAGUGCCCCUUCCCACUUACAAUCCCACCCUGUUCCAAAGGUGCACAUUGAAAGCAAAAGCAACCACAGGACUAACACGUCUCAUCCUGCUGUUGUUGUGCGCGAGGACUGUCAUAGGGACAAAGUGUUAUUACCCAUAGGGGAGAACAGAUUACUGCCAGCAGUGAAGAGUGGCCACAAAUCUCUAGCUCUAGUUGUCAAAAUAGAAUUGUCACUGCUAUCUAGGAUCCCAGGAUCAUCUAGUAAAAAGAGUCACUCAAAGAAUAAGGUGGGCAGUCACAGUUCUCACCACAAGGAGAGGUCUGAGAAGACACACACUCACAGCAAAGAGCACACAAAGAGAAAGGUGGACGAGAGUGAAAAAAAUGGAACACACAAAAAGUUGAAGCUCAGUGAUACCAAGCCUUCCACUGCCCACAAAGAAUCAUCCACAAAAAAGGUGCCUAAAACCUCCUCCGAGGACAUCCGUAAGGAACAUCAGCAGCAGAAAGCCUCAUCUCCCAUACAUCACACACCUAAGAAACCUGAGAAAGUGGCACAGAAAAGGCGACCGAACGAGAGCAGCACUUGUAGCCAGCAGUCCACCACAAGCACCAGUAAAAGUAGUAAAAGACCUUCUAUGCCCAAAGAAAGGAAAGUGGAGGAAAAAAAUACAGAAAGUUCAAAAAGCAAUAAGGGAUCUACAGAAAAUAACACAAAUCCUUUCCCAGUGCCUUCUUUGCCAAAUGGUAAUGCCAAGCCAACAAGACCUCUGCUGAAGUUUGAAGAAAAGCUACACUCACCAGAGCAUUAUAUGAAGGAGGCCAAGAAACUGAAGCAUAAAGCUGAUGCCAUGUUGGACAAGAUUGGGAAAUCCUUAAACUACCUGGAUGCUGCUAUGUUUUUCAUUGAGUGUGGUAUUGCAAUGGAAGCUGAUGUACAGGCGCCAAAGUCUGCCUACACUAUGUUUGCCGAAACUGUUGAUCUCAUCAAGUUCAUUAUGAAGCUGAAAAACUUCUCUGAUAGUUUAGCACCUGCAUAUGAAAAAUCAUUUGCAGCUUUAUGCAUGCGUUGCCAGUCCGUUCUCUACAUGGCAAUGUUUCGCUACAAAAAAGACACAGCAUUAAAGUAUUCCCGCACUCUUGGGGAACACUUCAAGAGUUCAUCCAGAGCUGCACAGGCACCUUCCCCAUGUGUUGCUAGAAGUACUGGUACUCCUUCCCCGAUGUCUCCAACGCCUUCACCUGCUAGCUCAGGAGGAUCUCAACCAGGGUCCAUUGCCAGCAACAGUGGAGGGCAGAAUCCUUCGGUUACCAUCCCCCAGAUGAUUCACCAGAUAGCAUCAUCUUACGUCAAUAUCACUUCCUACUUCCUCUAUGCCUAUGACAUAUGGGAACAAGCCGAUAUGCUUGCAAAGAAAAAUAAAGAUUUCUUUGCAGAUCUCAGUGCGGUGGUCUGUCCCCUGGCCCUGAACAGCUCCAUGACUGAACUGGUACGCUACACUAGACAGGGUUUACAUUGGCUGAGGCUGGAAUUAAGUAUGACUUAAAAUGUGCUGGAGGGCACUUACUCUCUGAACUUUUUUUGCACUUUGAAAAGCCUGGAGUUUGCGAAUGGGUUCAUGAAUUCUAGGAAUAUAAAGAUAAUAUAUAUCUAUAUAUCUAUAUGGCUCCUGGGUUCUCUUAUGACUGGAAGCCUGCUGAACAUUGCCCAAAAUGAUGGCAUCAGGUUAUGUGUGAUGCCGAAGAAAAGACAAUGAGAGAAUAAUAAAUUUUAUAUUUUUGAUUACAACAAACUGCAAAGUGGUGUUGGAAAGGUCAGCCAUGUUAGUGGUCUUUAAACAUUUCUGUGGAAAACCAGCAGAAGAAGAGAUGUCUUCUGGAAGAUCUUCAUCCUCCACAUGUAAGUUGUGGUGUAACCCAGCAGGCCUAUGCAGAACGCCUGAAAAUUGCCAAAUGAGCUGGCCUCCUUCCUGACUAGAUGAAGAAGGAAGUGGUUGCACCCUUAUCUGUACAGAGUAUAAUGCUAUAUGGCAGGGAAUAAAAUAUGACAGUGCGUAUCUUGCAAAUCUAAACCCACAGCUUUGUGCCUUAAUCCAACUUCCAAGUGUCCUUCUGGUCCUGUCAUAUCUUAUUCUCAAGCUGGAAACUAAACUGCACAUUCUUGCACAUGCACAUUCUUAUUUUAUCAUUUAUCUCUGGUGGGUCUAGCACUGCUCUUUCUCUAAGCUAUUGGGACUAUAAACGAUUGAACUACAUGUUGGUGUACAUUUCAACGUUGCCAUUGGUCUAUAAUUUCUGCCAUGCUUUUACAUCGAGGCUGAGUAUUCUUCAGUCUUUUUAUUGUAGUUUAAUGAAACUGGUCACCAGGACAAGGUUCCCCACAUUUGUGUGAUGCGCCGUCAAAGCUGAAGGCCAAUUGCAGGUCAAGGGAACACGAGUAAUCUUACUCCAGCUAACUCCUCCUUAGAAAUGAGACCAUGUGGGAAAGCUGAGAGGGGUCGGGUCUACCUGCAGCUCUGACUCUUAGGCCUCUUGCACACGAACGUAUGUAUUUUGCGGUCCGC